UCUAGUUGACGUAAAUAAUUUAUUUUCGCAUCCUUACAAGAUCUAAAACUGGAUUUACAACUUGAAAAAAGACUUGACCAGCGAUUGUAGUACUCGCCUUAACUGUUGCCUUACCUUCACGGAGUGAGCCUUAACAAAAUGUCACUAGAUUUGGCUCCGGUACCGACCCCAUCGCUCUAGCUAUCUUAAUCAUAUGCAUGAAUCUGCUAGCGAUCGAGCAUAACACCAUGCUAUCUUCACCCAAGUCAUUUCUUGAUAAAAAUUCUCUAACGUAAAUGCAUGUUGUUACAAAAAGAUUUAUGAUAUGUUUGCCUGUUUGAUGAUUGUCAAUAAGAUGAUUACAAAAUGGCAAGUGGCCACUUACAUUUUAAGUACUAUAUAACGUACUCCUCCUAAAAAUCUAAAUGCGAAAGUACAUUUUAACUGGAGAGAAAAGAACAAGGGAGAAAGAUGGUGAGGCUCCUAGAGAUGUCACAGAGAGUUGGUGAAUACUGCCGAAACAUCUUUAGAGACUCUCGUCUUGAUAAUCUAGAUGCGGUAUCUUCAAGUUUCUGUAGAACUCCAUUACACAUAGCAGUUAUGUCUGGUGACAUCCAAUUUGCAAAAAACAUUCUGUCUCUGAAACCUGAUCUUGCAUCAAAACAAGACAACCGGGGAUGGACUCCACUUCACCUUGCUUCAGCGAAAGCAAGUCUUCAGAUGGUGAAACUGCUGCUCAAGGCGUGGUCUACUGCUUGUAUAAUUCAAGAUAAUGAUGGAAGAACACCUCUCCACCUAGCAGCUAUGAAUGAUCGAGUUGAGAUCAUGGAGACACUGAUGGAAAAAAGACCCGAUUUGAUUCAUCUGAGGAAUUGUCAAAAUGGUGAAUCCAUACUUCACUUCUGUGUUAAAAGUAGCAGUAAUAUCGAGACGCUCGAGUUGUUGGUAGACAAGUUUUUGUUUGCACGGGAUCUGGACCAAAAAAUUAUUAUCAACUCCAAGGAUAAUAAUGGCAAAACAGUCUUACAACUUGCUGCCGAAACAGGAAAAACUGAGAUGAUACAGUAUUUACUUGAGAGCAGCAAUAUAAACACUGAAGUAAAUGAAGUUGAGGAUGCCUUGAAAGCUUUAUCACCAGCUGAUAGGGAAAAUCUAGAAACCAGGUUUCUUGAGUACUUUGGAAACGACAAGAAGCAUAAGAAUGGAGCUGUGCCUAAUAAUAAUGAUCAGAAUUCGCAGAGAGACAGGGUGAAUGCGUUAAUGGUGGUGGCAACAUUGGUAGCAGGAAUUGCCUUUCAAGCUGCAAUGAACCCACCAGGGGGGUUAUGGCAAGAAGAUUCUAAAGUUAGCUCCGAAACUGAUCCUGUUACUUUUAUUUAUUAUCUUGAUCGAAUGUUCAGUACCACCUCUGAUUACACCAAAUACUUUCGAAGCGGAUAUAGUCAAUAUACUCAUAUAGAUAGUUAUCCUUUUGCGGAGGCUCUAAUAAAUACUAUGCGUGAUUAUGCAGCUGCAUACAAGGAUGGUUUAGUUUUCGAAGAUUUGGUGUUUCAUUCUGUAUACGGUGUGUGGUACGAUGGUGUUAUUCGCAACCUCCCUAAUAAUAGUACCGAUCGUGAUAGAAGUAUUUAUAUGUUUUUCCCUUAUAUAAUACGCUAUGCUGGGCAGCCUAUAAUGGCUUAUACAGACCCACCCAGCUACAAGAUUUACAUGGCUACUAACGGAGUUGCGUUUGCUAUGUCUCUGCUUAUAAUGUUCUUGGUCAUAUGCGGGUUUCUAAAGGAAAAAUCGAUCGCCCAAGUUCGAAUUCUUGUUGUGUUGAUGUGCAUUUCGAUUGGAUGCAUCGCCUUUGGUUACUUGGUCGCAUUACAGUCUAUGGUGCCAUUUUUCGAUACCGAAGCGCAUAUGAUGUUCUAUGUACUCCAUGUAUUCUUCGGAGUCUGCUGCUCGUUGGGAGCACUUUGGCUCUUAAUUUGGACUGCAUGGAUUAUAGUUAAGCUAAGAAAGAAAAGGAAGCACCACCAUACCGGAGUUAUUAGUUACUACCUUAAAGGACUCUUGUUCAGCAGAGAUGCAAAAGGUACAGGAAAAGUGAUUUUGUUUGUUGUUGGCAUCUGUGCUUUUCGUUAUUCUGGGUAUAUGUACAGCUACAUUAGAGAUAUAUAUAACUAAUUAAAUGUCUUUAUGCAUGUUGUAACCGCGUAGUUUCGAUCAAAAAAGUGUUGUAAUCGCGUAGUUAGCUUGAUAUACCAAAAAAAAAAUGUAAAUGUUAUUAAGUUCUACUUCAA